AGCGCCAGCCCAAGCACCAGCAGUGCACGGGCAGCCGCGGCGAGGGAAGUGUCUGGAUACCCAACAGCGUGCACGUGCCGAACACAUUUCGACGGAGAAGACGCUUUUUCUCCUCCAUCAUGUCUUGCAGAAGCACUAGUUGGCUCAUCUGCGUCUUUAUGGCACUAGCCACAGCAGCUGACUACAGUGGCUCGGAGUCCACGACAGACUCGUCCACCGUGUCAGCAGUCGGUGAGGACGGGGAGACGGCGGCCGCGGACCUGGCUGACCUGCUGGACGUGAGUAGCGGCGCUGUGGUGACUCUGGUGGCGGGCGAGACGCGCCUGGUGGCGCACAGGGCUGUUCUCGCCGCCAGGAGCCCCGUGUUAGCCGCCAUUUUUGCCCACGACGCGCCGAAGGCCAGCGGCGGCCAGGUCAGCGUCGCGGACGUGGAGGGCCCGGCGCUGCGCCACCUCGUGGCCUACUGCUACACCCUACGGGCCCCCCAGCUGCGCGGCACGGCCCACCAGCUGCUGGCCGCCGCUGACAAGUUCGGCUUGCCAGCUCUCAAGUCUGCCUGCGAGCAGCAGGUGGCCGCGCAGCUGUCUGCGGAGACUGCGGCGGCUGCAGCUGUGGUCGCAGUCAGGCACGGCACUGACAGCCACAGGCAGGCCGUCGUGGCCUUCGUAAAGGCCCACCUGCUCCACGUGGUGGCCACCCGGGGUUGGGCAGAGGCGCUGCGAAGCCACCCCGAGGACUUGCUCGAAGUGAUUCGGCUGCUGUCUCGUCCGUCAAACGAGACCGACACUCCAGCCACUGGAGACAGCAGGGCGACGGCGGACGGCACCUCCAGCGAGCAAAGCUGUACUCCCGUGGCAGCCGCGCCACCAGUGGAAGCCUGCCCCACUCCACCACCUGGUGAUGCUGAAGUCUCUCGCAUGAGGAGACUUUCGGGAAGAGAGAAGGGCAGGAGGCUGCUGGAAGCAGCUCAGCAGUCACGAAUGUCGGAAAUGCGAGCCCUGCUGGCUGCAGGUGCGGACGUGGGGGCGACGGACGGCGACGGUUGGACCGCCCUGCACUGGGCCGCAAGAAAUGGACAGGCGGAGAUGGCCAAGUGUCUGCUGGCUGCAGGGGCAGACGUCGAGGCCAGGGGGCAGUGGGAAUGGACCGCCCUGUUCUGGGCAGCACGACAGGGGCAGGUGGAGGCGGCGAAGGCUUUGCUUUCCGCAGGGGCUGACCUGGAGGCGAGGGACAUCUGGCAGAACACGCCCCUGUUCCUGGCUGCAAUGACUGGACACACGGCUGCCGUGCGCUUUCUGGUGGCGUCCUGUGCCGACCCCAACGCCACGGAGGAGAAUGCGACGACUCCGCUGCACUGGGCAGCGUACAAUGGGCACGCAGAUGCAGCAGCUGCACUGUUGGAGGCAGGCGCCGACAAGGGGGCCAGGAAUAGAUUUGGACGCACCCCUCAGGAUGAGGCCAGGAAAUGGAACGACCGGCAGCUGAUAAACAUGCUUAGCUGAAUCCAGCACUCCAGAAAAAUGUCUGUUGUGUAUAAACAGCUGCGUUUUUUUAAAUAAAUUAUACAAAAAUA